AUGCGCCUGACAUACAUCGUAGCGACGAUGACUGCGGCCAAUCUCCAUCUCGGUACCUCUGCGCUUCCUGCUGUCACGGAGGCCAAGCCAAUUACCGAGAAUGGGGCGUCGGUUGACAUUGUUGCGUCAGCCCGUUUGGAUGGCGGCAGAUUCCUUCGGCGUAUCGACAGCGAUCAAAAUGACAGUGAGGAAGAGAGGGCCAUCGGUGACGCUAUUCUGGAAGCUGCGACGAAGCUGAACUCCAUUGCAAAGUUUAGAAAGAUAAGAGAGCGCAAGAAGUUUAUCCUCGAAACACGGAAGGAACAGACGUGGCUCGAGAAAAUGAGAAACAAGCUCGGGAAGGACUAA